AUGUCUACCCUUACCAUGUCACCACCGACUCCAGGGCCUUCUGGGGACGCUCUUGCAGCGAUGCUUGCGUCUACAGUGAGUGGUUCGGGCAAUGCUGCCGCAAACGGUUCUACUUCUUCUUCAAGUCGACGAAACACCGACCGCAUGACGAACCGGUACUCCGUGAACGCCAUCUACUCGCUCGCCGCCGAGCAGGACAUCGAGGUUCAAGACGCGCUCGGCAGGGCUCAGAUUGCCCUGAGGAAUCUCAAGAACCGCAUCUCGGCGCAGAGCAAAAGAAAUUUCGUCCUCGAACGCGACGUCCGUUAUCUCGACUCUCGCAUUGCACUUCUUAUUCAAAAUCGCAUAGCAGCCGAUGAGAAACGCCAGGUGCAAGAGACUCUCGAUGACACGGAGGAGAAGACGGGCAACUACCCGGCACGACGAAAGCUGGCCCAGUACAGCAACCUGUUCUUCCUCCUGCAAUCCGAACCACGACACAUGGCCGCGCUGUGCCGACAAGUGUCGUACGCCGACUUCGACACGUUGAUGCAGACGGUCAUGUUCACGCUGUACGGUAACCAGUACGACCAACGCGAGGAGCACCUGCUCUUGACCAUGUUUCAGAGCGUCCUUUCCGCCGAGUUCGAAAACAAUACCGAGAUGGGCGAGCUCCUGCGAGCAAACACCGCUGCCUCCCGAAUGAUGACGACGUACACGCGACGAGGACCGGGACAGAGCUAUCUCAAGAAUGUGCUCGCGGAGCGCAUCAACUCGCUCGUCGAGCACGAGGACCUCAACCUCGAGAUCAACCCGCUCAAGGUGUACGAGGAGAUGGUUACCCAGAUUGAGGCGGACACUGGAGGCCUUCCUCCGUCUCUCCCGCGAGGUGUGUCGCAGGAGGUCGCUGCCAACAACCCCGACGUUCAGGCUAUCAUUCGACCUCGUAUCACGAUGCUUAUGGAGAUCGCCGACACCUUCCUCACGACCAUUUUCGACUCUAUCGACACCGUUCCGUACGGUAUUCGAUGGAUCUGCAAGCAGAUCCUCUCGUUGACGCGCCGGAAGUACCCGGAAGUGACGGAAGCACAGAUCUGCUCGCUCAUCGGCGGAUUCUUCUUCCUCCGGUUCUUGAACCCGGCGAUAGUGACGCCGCAGGCGUACAUGCUUAUCGAGUCCAAGGGUCAGCACCUGGGACAGCCCGACCAGCCGCCGAAGAACCCGCGACGAACCCUCACGCUCAUCGCCAAGAUCCUGCAGAACCUCGCCAACAAGCCGAGCUACUCGAAGGAGCAGUUUAUGAUCCCGCUCAACUCGUUUGUCGACAACCAUCAGGCGAUGAUGAACCAGUUCCUCAACCAGCUCUGCGAGGUCGGCGACUUUUACGAGUCGCUCGAGAUGGACCAGUACAUGGCCUUGUCGAAGAGGGACCUUUCUAUCGACAUCACGCUGAACGAGCUGUAUGGCACCCAUGCGCUCUUCAUGCACCACCUUGACACUGUGUCCCCUAACGAGAGACAACAUCUCCGCGUGCUCCUCGACGACCUUGGCCCGGCACCCGACCAGGUCCCGCGUAGCGAGAACGGUACUGUCCACCUGCCCCUUUACUCGCGAUGGGAGACGCCGAUUCAGGACCUGUCGACGACAUUGAUGUCCGAGAGCAUCACGCAGAACGACAUCAACUUCAUGGAGACCAAGUCGAUUUUCGUCCAGCUGCUCCGUGCCAUGCCCGACGCCGCGGACCGACGGCCGAUCGACCUUCCCGCGCUGGCUGAGCGAGCAGCGACCUCGCGUGACCCUGUCCUUGUCCGCCGCGGAAUCAAGGUGCAAAACCUGCUCUCCGAGCUCGAGGCUGCCGGUGUGCUGGACAGGACGGACAACUACAAGCUUCUCCAGGACGAGGUUCGGACUGAGCUCGUGCACCUCGGCAACGCCCACGAGAAGGUCCUCCUGGAGACGCGGUCGCUGGAAGAGGUCUUCCACGCCAUCUGCGACCACAACCAGUAUCUCCGCAACCAGAUCGACUCGUACAAGGCGUACCUGUUCAACUCGCGCAUGAUGAUGUCGAAGGACAAGGGCGCCGGUGGUGUCGGAGUCGUCUCGUUCAACGGCAAGGACAAGAAGGCGCGCUCGCAGAGCCUCGGCCCGUACCGAUUCACGCACCAGCAAUUAGAGAAGGAGGGUGUCGUAAAGUCGAGCGCCGUCCCGCCUGGCCGCCACCAGGAUGUUUACCUGAACUUCUGGUCGCCGACGCCCGGCACCUUCCUCAUUACCCUGCACUUCAAGGGUCGUGAGCAGGCCAUCGUUGAAAUGGACCUGAAGAUUGACGAUCUGCUCGAGCGCCAGGACGACAAGAACGCGUCGCUCGACCUCGAGUACAUCUCGCUGUACGUUGUCGGUGUCCUCGAGCUGUUCAACAAGCUGUUCACGAAGCGUCGCUAA